ACGGCUGGCAGCGUUUCGAGACCCGCCGCCCAUCGCCGAGGUUUUCGAAAUCUCCCCGGCACGCCAGGGGUUUUGCUUCCGUCUCUGCUAGUGUUGGCCUCUGCGUGAGGAGUUGCAAACGGCAGGCUCAUGAUUAGCACCUUUUGGAAUCUAUGCCGUACCUGCCCGAUACCGGCAGAAAGCAAGUUGCACGCCGCUGAGUACAAGAGCAACUUCCCGUGGCAACCAAAUCUUCCCAACACCAAAAGUGAUGUGGUUGUGAAGCCUCCAGAUGCUACCUCACUGGAGCCAGCACUUUCAAGGAAGAAGAAGCACCCAGAAGUGGCAUACCGUACAAACGAAGUUCUCGGCAACAGGGACGGCAAUUGCGCAGCACCCCGAGAAGGGGCUCAACUGAGCGGCGUAGCAGGGGAUCCGCAGAACAGAGUGACCAGAGCUGAGGAACGCAAUAACAAGUCCAAAGUGGGUUCUCGAAGCCGUUCCGCAGACCCGAGCCUAGGCAGGGGAAGACACGUCAUGAACAAAGAGGAGGUUACCGAGGAUCCUACAACAAGGGAGAGCCACACAGCUGAUGAUAGUGAGCUUGUGGUUCAGAGCAAUGCACUGGAGGACGGUCGACCCCUGAAGGCAACCGAAUAUCGGGCAGCCUUCGCCUGGCCUCCAAAGCCUGCCCUGCCCCCCGAAGAUGGCGCUGGCUUCAAGCAAGCGGAUGUACCAGAUGGCCAUAGUUCUCGAAGGCAUGGUGCCAUGGAAGCGACCGUGGAUCACAUAGCACAGAUGGGAGAUUCCGGGCACGAGUCGAGGAAAAGCGCAAAACGAACAGAGUACAAGGCAAAGUUUAAGCCUUUCUCAUCGUACAUGUAUGUUGAUGGCAGCUGGAAAAAGCCAAAGGCCAUGGUUCCCGAAGCUCCACCAGUGGUGGAUCCCAACUCAUGGUACACGGAGGUGGUGGAGCGGCUGCAGAAAGCCGACGAGUACCGCUGUCGUUCGCGAGCCAGUGCCUUUCCUGGAGGGGACCAGCUACAGCGUGUGUACUCACGACAGGGAGAUCUCUGGAGUCACGUGGAUGCCAAUGCCUCUCUAGCAGCGCUAGCUCUCGCCCAGACACCACGGAAACCUCCUAGGAUUCCUUCCAAGACUCCACCUAAGGAGAAACCAACACCAACUUCUAUUUACCGAUCAGCUUCAGCAAAAAGGAAAGAGAAUGCAGAGGCAGAGUCAGCCAAAGCUGGUGCGGCAUCAGAGAAGAGGAAGGAAAGUCCCACCAAGGCCGUCUCUCCAAUGAAAGUUGAAGCACGUGGAGUUGCUUCGGCUAAGGCUUCACCUCCUCCACCAAAGGCCACACCACCAAUGCAGAGGUCACAGAGGACUACUCCCAAAGUGACAGGGAAACAAGGGGAGUCCGGUGAGACUGUCACGAGGACGCCAACGUUACCACGGCGGAGGGCCACGUCUUCCCCACCACAGCGGCGUACUGCUGCUGUUGAUGCCGAUAAGAAGGGAGAUAAGAAGACAGUAUCUUCAAAGCCACGUCCACCGUCCAGGCCCCUGCAGGAGAGCGCGGCUCCUCCUGCAGCAAAGCCCAGGGCUGUUGUGCGGCCAGCUUCAGCGGUCACCACGCAAGACGGAAAGAUUUGGCUCAAGCCAGAGGGAAAGAAGGAUGAAGAAGUCAAAGUUGAAGAUAGCAAGCCUGAGGCAGAAACAGAAGAGAAUAAACAGGUUCUGCCAUUAGAACCUGAGAAGCAAAAGAUGGAAGCAGAUGAAGCAGCCACAGAGGAAGCAACUCCCGCAGAAACUCCUUGCUCCGAAAGGAAGUCCGAUGCAGUGCGUCCCAGCAGCUUGCCACCAAUGAACGGUAGCUCUGCCAGCUCCUCUGUGCUUGGAUCUUCAGACCUUGCCAGCCCCUCUCCCUUGCCAGAACCUCAGGCUGGACCGGUGCCCCUGACAACAGUUAAAUCCCCUGAAGAGAUGACGGGGGUCAAAUCUCCCGAUCCCGAGACCUGGACGGUUCCUCUGGACACUGGUAGAGGCCUAGAGUGGACUGAUGGACAGACAGCUGGUGACUGGAGUAAAGUGAGAAGCCCCCCUCUAGGAACCACACCCACAGUAGAACUUUCUUCCAAAGCGGCACCUGUUCCUGCAAAUGUGGACCCUGUGAUUCCAGAAGGGAAGGUGGAGCCCAUGCCCCACGUGGCAUUAACCAACGAUCCAGUGCCCUUGGAUACUUCAAACAUGAAGACUGCCGCGGCUGCUGGUGGUGAUGUCCUGGACAAAGCUAGAAAUCGACUGGAAGAAUUUUGGGUCACUGGCAAAUGAGGGAAUUUGUAGUGUCCAGUUUGUAGCUCUACUACGUAACUUCGCAUCACACAGUUGUCUCUGGUUCACAGGCAUGGUCUCUCCCCAGCAGCCUCCUUUUCAGUUUCCAGCCCCCGUGAAUCAAUAUGCUUGUUUAAUGUGUGUGCGUGCUGUGCAAAGCCCUGGCACACGUCUUACGAUUUUUACCACUUUAGACUGCGUUCAAAAACUGCUGGUCAGGUACUAGUUGUGUUUGCACGUAGCAGUUGAUCAUUGUGACUGUUUUCAACGUUAUGUACCGUACUUUAACGAGUAGGUAUUGCAAAUAUAGAUCGACGUCAGAGAAAUAUCUGUGAACCAUUCGGGAAAAUUGUGAUGUGAUACUGAGUGCAGCCCGAAGUCGAGUCUUCGAGACAUAAGGUGAGGCAGUAGGCAGCUUUAGAAUAGGGGGUGGCAAUUAAUUAACCCAAUAAACGGGGCAUGCUGUGGAUGCAAACUAAGGCAACACGAGAUAAUUUUUCGAAUGGGGUUCUCCCACUGCAACCCGAAACGCAGCCACCAGUGAAGACCCAGUGAAGACUUCCAAGUUCACUGGGACCUCUAAAACUCUCUUGUAGCUUUACCAGAACUUGAGUGAGGUAGUACAGUUAAGUUUCUUACAUAGGUAAUCAAAAAUUUUGUCCUGUGUGAUUUGGCUCAUAUCCUUUUCUGUUUGAGCCUUCCAAUACCCAUGCUUUAUGUGUUGAUUGUUUUUGAAUGUGUGACAGUUGAUCCUGCGGACGGUGUUAAGGAUCCUUUGGGGGGCUUAGUUUCAUGUCCCUCAAAUUUCUGUGUGCGGAAACUACGUGUUGCUAGGAAGAAAGUUUACUUUGAACAAAGAUACAUAUAUAUAGCCAUCGUGUGAGGUGUGAAAGCAUACAUGUGUUAUGUAGAGGAAUGUGAGAAAAAGAGCUUCUACUUGUAACUUUGAGGUAGUCACUCCUGUAAAGAGUGGCCUGAAAUGAAUGGCAGCUGUUUGUUCCCAGGUGGAGAGUUCUUGUUGUGAUCUAGGUAGUGAGUUAAUAUGUUUUUAUUGAUGUGUUCAGCUGAAGUAUUUACAACAUUCCUAUUUUAGUCUGGGUUUCUCUCUUUGCUUAUUGGCUUACUUUGGCUGUGGCUUUGCUAGUCAUGACUUCUCGCUGUGAAGUGAAAAUUUUGUCAAUGUUCCUGUGCACACGGCAUAUGUCAGUAAGCUGCACUGUUUCUUUGGUGGGGGGCCAAAUGAUGCAGCAGAGCAUGCAUCAUUCAGUUUCCCGACCUGUACUUGUGUUCCUUUUUUUCGGUUACUUUACUCCAGGGUAUUAGUUUUAUUUCAGUCUUAGUCGUUUAGGUUUUUUUUUUAUUUGUUUACACAAAAUGUAUUUAUAUUCUUCCUUUGUGCAUUACGUUUGAUGUUUGCAAGCGACAAUUCUCAGCAUUAAAGAUGUCCCAAAGGUUAUUUUACUGUGGCGGACAUGUGUUGCUCGUGAUGGCCGUGGAAAUCCAUUUUGAAGCAACCUUGGAGGUGAUUACGUCAUUCGGACGAUUUAGGUCACUUAUGGAACUUUAAUCAGGUGCGUAGCUAGGGGGGUUUAGGGAGUUAAGACCCCCAAAAUCGUACAUUUGGUAGCGCAUUUGGGAGAGGGAAACAAGUGGGGAAUCCUCCUCCCCUAUGUAAAGUCCCCAUGGAACGUCCUCCCCCCCCCCCCCAAUAUUUUUCUGGCUACAAUCCUGACUUUAAUGUUGCUACAUAGCUCUCUUGUGGGUUUAGGAGGGCAGUUUUAUCGCUAAAUUUGUCACCUAGAAUAUGGUAGAGCAAAACGUAAUUGCACAAUUAUGGGGCACCAGAGCAAAGUAACUUCAUGAAGCAUAUCGCAGUACAAUGCAUCGCUGUAGACCUUCAGGGCAUUUGUAGCAUUUAUAAAAGAAAGUACAGUACUAGUAGAGGAAUCUGUCACCUAAAUAAGGUUAGCACAAGGACCUUUACAGUACAAUUUUGUUAAUUGUUUCCAUGCACAUGUCGAUAGUGUGCAUUUGUGUAUUCAUAAAGUGGCUAGUAAUAAAAUGCCUUUAUGCAUAGUA